AGUCCUAGCACGUGGUCGUCUUCCAUUGUGCAGCCAUUGUAUUCAAUUACUUCUACAGAAUGGACACAGCCAACCAUAUGUUUCCAUAUGUUUCGAAUCCUCAGUUUGGAACUCGAUAAGAUCUCAUUCCGCUUCAUCUUCCAAGCACUCCAUAUCAACAAGUUUGCACAAGUGAACCUGUCCGCCUGACCAAGAGGGCUGCCUCCCAGCGCUCCUAGUCUCUUCCAUCUUCUUAGCCAAGGCGUAUCCCAGUUACUAUAUCUCCAACGCUCCAGCGUCGCAUCUAUGUGGGCACUGGGCCUCGGCUCUGUCAACAUAAACUCACUCGUUAGUUCAAGCUCCAACGGCUCUUUCCAGGGCCCCCUCAUCAGCAUGGUUCUAACUCCCAACUUUCCCCAACCAAUCAUCUCGCUCUUGUACCUUGCAUACAACAGCCUGAUUAUCGUCAUACAUGUUAGUGUGGAGUGAACUAGGUCUGUGGUGAAACGUAUGUCACCGAGGGUGUGAUUUUCGCAGGGAAUGUAGCACUC